GGAAGUGAAGAAGCCCUUUCCAAUGAAGACUGUGAAAAUGUUUACCACUUGGUUUAUUCAGCACAUCGCCCUGUUGCUGUGGCAGCAGGAGAGUUCCUUCACAAAAAGCUGUUUAGCAGACAUGACCCACAAGCCGAGGAGGCAUUAGCAAAGAGGAGAGGAAGGAACAGUCCAAAUGGAAACCUCAUUAGAAUGCUUGUCCUUUUUUUUCUUGAAAGUGAGUUACACGAACAUGCAGCCUACUUGGUGGACAGUUUGUGGGAGAGCUCUCAAGAACUGUUGAAAGACUGGGAAUGUAUGACAGAAUUGCUAUUAGAAGAACCUGUUCAAGGAGAGGAAGCAAUGUCUGACCGGCAAGAAAGUGCUCUUAUAGAGCUAAUGGUUUGUACAAUUCGUCAAGCUGCUGAGGCACAUCCUCCAGUGGGAAGGGGUACCGGCAAGAGAGUGCUAACUGCCAAAGAAAGGAAAACUCAAAUUGAUGAUAGAAACAAAUUGACUGAGCAUUUUAUUAUCACACUUCCUAUGUUAUUAUCAAAGUAUUCAGCUGAUGCAGAAAAAGUAGCAAACUUGCUGCAAAUCCCACAGUAUUUUGAUCUAGAAAUCUACAGCACAGGUAGAAUGGAAAAGCAUCUAGAUGCAUUAUUAAAACAGAUUAAAUUUGUUGUGGAAAAACAUGUAGAAUCAGAUGUCCUAGAAGCCUGCAGUAAAACCUAUAGCAUCUUAUGCAGUGAAGAGUAUACCAUCCAGAACCGAGUUGACAUAGCUCGGAGCCAGCUGAUUGAUGAGUUUGUAGAUCGAUUCAAUCAUUCUGUGGAAGACCUACUGCAAGAGGGUGAAGAAGCUGAUGAUGAUGAUAUUUACAAUGUUUUGUCCACCUUAAAGCGGUUAACAUCUUUCCACAAUGCUCAUGAUCUCACAAAAUGGGAUCUGUUUGGCAAUUGCUACAGAUUAUUGAAGACUGGAAUUGAACAUGGAGCUAUGCCAGAACAGAUAGUUGUGCAAGCACUGCAAUGUUCCCAUUAUUCGAUUCUUUGGCAGUUGGUGAAAAUUACUGAUGGUUCUCCUUCCAAAGAGGAUCUGUUGGUAUUGAGGAAAACAGUGAAAUCCUUUUUGGCUGUUUGCCAGCAGUGCCUAUCUAAUGUUAAUACUCCAGUGAAGGAACAGGCUUUCAUGUUACUUUGUGAUCUUCUGAUGAUUUUUAGCCACCAGUUAAUGACAGGUGGCAGAGAGGGCCUUCAGCCUUUGGUAUUUAAUCCAGAUACUGGACUCCAGUCAGAACUCCUUAGUUUCGUGAUGGAUCAUGUUUUCAUUGACCAGGAUGAGGAGAACCAGAGCAUGGAGGGUGAUGAAGAAGAUGAAGCUAAUAAAAUUGAGGCCUUACAUAAAAGAAGGAAUCUACUUGCUGCCUUCAGCAAACUUAUCAUUUAUGAUAUUGUUGACAUGCAUGCAGCUGCAGACAUCUUUAAACACUACAUGAAGUAUUACAAUGACUAUGGUGAUAUUAUUAAGGAAACAUUGAGCAAAACCAGGCAGAUUGAUAAAAUUCAAUGUGCCAAGACCCUCAUUCUCAGUUUGCAGCAGUUGUUUAAUGAACUUGUUCAAGAACAAGGUCCCAACCUAGAUAGGACUUCUGCCCAUGUCAGUGGCAUUAAAGAAUUGGCACGUCGAUUUGCCCUUACAUUUGGACUGGACCAGAUCAAGACACGAGAAGCAGUUGCCACACUUCACAAGGAUGGCAUAGAGUUUGCCUUUAAAUACCAAAAUCAGAAAGGACAAGAAUAUCCACCUCCUAAUCUGGCUUUUCUUGAAGUACUAAGUGAAUUUUCUUCUAAACUUCUUCGACAGGACAAAAAGACUGUUCAUUCAUACCUAGAGAAAUUCCUUACUGAGCAGAUGAUGGAAAGGAGAGAAGAUGUAUGGCUUCCACUCAUCUCCUAUAGAAAUUCGUUAGUCACUGGAGGUGAAGAUGAUAGGAUGUCUGUGAACAGUGGAAGUAGCAGCAGUAAAACCUCCUCAGUAAGGAAUAAGAAAGGACGACCCCCACUUCACAAAAAACGAGUAGAAGAUGAAAGUCUGGAUAACACAUGGCUCAACAGGACUGACACCAUGAUUCAGACUCCUGGCCCCCUACCAGCCCCACAGCUCACUUCCACCGUGUUGCGAGAGAAUAGCCGGCCCAUGGGAGAACAGAUUCAAGAACCUGAGACUGAGCAUGGUUCUGAACCAGACUUUUUACACAAUCCUCAGAUGCAGAUCUCUUGGUUAGGCCAGCCGAAGUUAGAAGACUUAAAUCGGAAGGACAGAACAGGAAUGAACUACAUGAAAGUGAGAACUGGAGUAAGACAUGCUGUUCGGGGUCUGAUGGAGGAAGAUGCUGAGCCCAUCUUUGAAGAUGUGAUGAUGUCAUCCCGGAGCCAGUUAGAAGAUAUGAAUGAAGAAUUUGAAGACACCAUGGUUAUUGAUCUACCCCCGUCAAGAAAUCGAAGAGAGCGAGCUGAGCUGAGGCCAGACUUCUUUGACUCUGCAGCUAUCAUAGAAGAUGAUUCAGGAUUUGGGAUGCCUAUGUUCUGAAGUCUGAAGAAAAUACAAAUCUGGAACUCUAUUAUUUAGAGCUAGAGGCCUAUAUACUGUGAUAGCUUGUAUGGGGAAAAAAACACUUUUGAUGUGAUCUGAUUUGUUUUUUAAUCAAAUGAUUAAGGUCAAUCCCUUUUUGCAGUGACAGAGAAGAGGAGCAUGUAAACUACCCAAGGAAAUGGUGAAUGUCACCUCAGAAAGACUGACCCCAAAAAAAUCAUUUGUGUCCUAAUAUUGGACGUAGUACAGAUUGUGUGUUUUUCUGGAGGGAGGAAGAAAUUUUAAAUUUUUAAAACAGCUGUCAAGAAACACUGUUAUACACCUGUUUUAUGAAAACUCAGCAUUGAGUAAAAAAAAAAAAAAUAUUUUUAACUUUAUUUUCCUGUUGUACAAUUUAAAAACCGUUUUAACAUUUUGCCUUUUUAUGUUUUAAAAGCUAACCAUUUUUAUUAAAUCUAUGAGUAAGCAGCUCAUCCUAAUCGCCGAAGAGUGUUUUUGGAGCUCACUGGAUUUGGUUGACCUUGUAGAACACAGAAACAUGAAGGAACAGAGCAUUGACAAGCUAAGAUGGAAUUCUGACACCGUGCAUCUCUGCCAAAAACCACACACCCUCUGUGGAUAUGGAUAUGAAUUCCCAGAUUUUAUAUACUCUUGAAUAAAAAGGUUUAUUUUUAUUUAUAAGUGGGCAUAAAAUAAAUGUCCAUGCAGCCAUUUUUCCAACAGAUGCUGUACUCAGUUCAUUUUAUAUAGAAUAGGGAGAUUCGAAUACAGUGCAUUUUCUAUUGGUAUUUGUUCUGUGCAUUUUUAGCAACUUCUACCAGCAAAUAAAGUAUUCUCAGUAAAACAAAAAUGGUUCAAGUUAUCAGUUUGCUGUUUUUAACCACUUAUUUCAUGCCCUGCCAAAUUCAAGUUACACAGACUUCCAUUUUUUUAAUGAAGAAUCAUGAAGAAUCCUUUGCCAUUCAAAAGUAAUUUUAAGUGUAACAUAACUGUGUUUACUUCCCAUGCACUUACUAUCCUUAUGCGCUAAUUUUGUGAAUUAAGUUUGCCAAUUAUAGAAGUAUGUGCUGCAUAGAAGUCUGUGCUUAGAGGGUGAAGUUCCUAAGAUUACCUUGAAAUACAGCUACAUUUCAGUGUUAAAUGUGCGUAUUGAGAAUAAUUCUUUUUGGGGAAAAAUGUAUGACUCUUCAGGACAGUCUUCAAUUGUUUAAAAUUAUAAUCUGAUUAGACUAUUAUGACUUGCUGCUGCUGUUUUUUUAAAAAGCCCACUUAGUCUCUUCCUUCUGGUUUUUAAUAUAAGCCUCAGUAUUUCCAAACCAAUCCAUCCACAGCUGUUUCUGGGCUGGUUUUUAAAGUAGCUGCAAGAGAAUCAUGAGGCUUUCCCUUUUUACCAAAAAUUAACAGCAUUUUUAAAAAUUCUGUGCACCUCUAAUUAUAUUUUGUGUGGGAAAGCAAAACAGAUAAUUUUAUUCAUCCUUUUAAGCAAACAGAUUUUUUCUCAACAUUUGUACAGUUAUUUAAAAAAAAAAAAAAAAAAAACUUGGUCACCAAAAAAUGUUUUAUCUGCUAAUUCAGCAAUUCCUGGGCUCCAGUUAAGGGAGCUAGGGCCUUUCUCCUAGAAAUGUGGGCUUCACUGGAAGUAAAGGAGCAGGAAUGACUGGCCUAUCCAUCCAGCCCUGCCUGUGAUUCUGGUCAAGGAGCAAACCAGGAGGGGUCCUGACAUAUGCACAGACUGAUCCUUUGCUUGUAGUCUCUUGUGGAAGACAGAUGCUUAAACUUACAGACUACCAUGCAACAACAAAAAAGUCUUAAUAUCUACUCCAAUGGGUUUCCAGUUGAGUUUGAAGUCAAUCAAAUUUUUGUAUUUUCAGUGUCUCCUUGAUUGGUUUUGCUAGUAAUUCUGUAAAUUGUACAUUUGCAAUAUGAGGUUUUUUUCCUUUUGUACAAUUUGAAACUGAUGCUUCACCUUUCCUUUAAUAAACUAUUCAAAAUCAG